AGUUUACUAGCUUCCCUGUGUCACCAUGGUGCCAGGUGUACCGGCGACCCUUGUGUUAACAGGAUUGUGUGUCGCUCUUCUCAUCACAGGAUCACCUGGGACCUUCUGUACCACCAGUGUGGCUUCCCUGGAUUUAGGAUGCCUCCUGCGGUGGGAUUGUCCUCAGGCCAACGCUAACACCACCACCUACACCGUCCAAACUAAGACUCAGGGAGAUCCGUGGCAGGACGUGGAGGGGUGUGUGCGGAUCUCCGCCCAGCACUGUGACGUAUCCCAGGCCUUCGCUGACUUUGAACUCUACAACAUGAUCCGCCUGGGCCUCCACCAGGGCCCUGGGAGCCCAGUCUGGACAAAACCACUCAAGUUUGACCCAAGUGAUUUCACCUUCAACAGCCCCUCCAUCUCUGUGUCUCUGUCUAGAGAGAGGCUGGUAGUGGAGGUGCACUUCCCCUGUUCUACCAACAGAGGGUGCUUUCCUCUGCAGAGCUGCUGUCCACUGUCAGAACUGAUUGACCCCUGGGUCACAGUGACUGUAUAUAACCAACAGAACCACUCUGACUACAAGAGGCGUACUGGUUGGGCCCAGGAGGUGGUGUUCAGGGCUGAGUUCUCAGACCUGGUCCCAGGACAGGACUACUGUGCCUUGGCUAACUUCUCCUUUGGACCCCCCACCUUCCCCCUGGCCUCCUCUCCCCCCUCCCACCCACACUGUGUCCACCAGGCUGCCCCAGGACCAGGGUUGCAGCCAGUGUUGUCGGGGAUAGGAGUGUGUGCUGUGCUCUUCUCUGCUCUCAUUGCUCUGGCUCUGUAUCGGCUGAAACAGAAACGAGAUUCACCUCGCAUUAACAGACUCCCCAAGACUCUAGCAACUCUCCAGGCAUCCCUCCAGCACCCCCCGGAGUCCUCUUCAGACCCUGUUGACCCCAGUGACAUCCAUGUGGAGGUUGUGGACGACCACCUCUCCAUCAUGUCUUCCUUGUCCGGCUGUGUCUUCACCAACGCCCAGGCCCCAAGCUUGGGUGACGGGUACAGCAGCAAACCCUUCCCCGGUGACUACAGGUCAGGUAACAUGGACUGGCACACUGGGGGAGACGCUGAGCUGGGCCUGAACUCUGGCAGCACCCUGUCCCUGCCAUGCUCCACUGUGCCUAUAGGGCUACAUAUGACUCAGUGCAACUUCGGUUCACCUCUACGACCACAUCCAGGGCCCACGGUGCCAACACUACCCUACCUUGAUUCUCUUUCUCUGUCAGAGGCUGGGGAGGGCCAGGGGGUCCCGCUGUGCUCAGUGAGGUUUGGGGGGGCGAGUGAAGGGGGUGAGAAUCUAGAGGGGCUACAGUGGUGUAACCGGUAGCAUGUUGAACUGCAGUACCCAUAAUGCUAUGUACAACAUAUUCUGAUGAACUCCACAGUGCAGUUGAUUUUGGAGGAGAUGAGAUGGGACAGAACUGAACCCAAUGAAAAGUAAUGGCGGUCCUAUGUAGCUCCGCUGUUAAAAAGCAAUGGCACUAUCAAACGGCAGGGUUGUGGAUUAGAUUCUCACCAGAAUCACAUACUAAAAAUGUAUGCACUCACUGUAGUGUAGGUCGCUAUGGAUACAAGUUGAACGUCUGCUGAGUGGCAUUGGUAACCUGGUUCUGCCGUAUAUAGCUGUCGAAGGCGACAUGGCUGGGAACUGAAGCGCCAAGCUCAGUUUGAACAACAACACUGACAACCACCGCUUUGUUUUACACCGUUUGUUUAGUAGGGUUCACAAUAUGGACCACUUCUGUCAUCCGCAGAGCCGGGGUGAUGACAGAUUGAUGAACAAAUCAAUAGGGCCCCUGUUGGAGCGAGCAGAGCCUCUCAUUCACAGGUACAGCUGGGUCUUUGGGAGGGUUUGCUUGAGGGGUGCUGAGAGUAGUGUGUCAAGUUCAAAAACGUUAUUGUCCAUGUUUGUUUAAAAUGGGAAUUUAUCUUUGGCUUACGGGCAUACAUUUUCAGUUACAGCCGGGGGGGGGGGGGUUGUUCUUUCAGAGGUCUAUGGAGAGCAAUAUUUGUUUCAGGAGAUCCCCUCCCCCCCACCCUUCACUGGACUGUGAUAUGGAUAAUGGCGAUUUUAGCAUGUACAUUUUUGUGUGGCAAAAACAAAUAUGGGCAGCAAAGCCACAACACUAAACAAUACCUUAAUUGUACUAUAAGGGGC